UAAAAAAUAGUCAAGAAGAACGCCGAUGCGAGGCACCUACCAUGAAAACAAGUGUAUUUAAGCUCACCAAUAAUAAUAUAUAAAGUGAACCAUGAAGCAAUCAAAGUGAAGCAGACCUAAGAACAGAUUUGCGUUUGCUACAUUCGAAUUGCAAUCGAUUGGCACACUGAGUGCAAUUUAUUGGAGCAACAACUUGCGCCUGCUGUUUAUCGAUUUCUGUGGCUGGCUCAGCUUAGUUCUCUUGCAGCCUGAGGAGAGAGCACCCUGUAUCAGUGCGUAUGACGAACUCUCAGCGUUUGGUAUUCCCUUCGCUGCAGGCGUGUCGAUUGGAACGCAUAAAUUAUGCAAAAGUCAAUUGCAUUGCGAUACAUCUAAAUUAAAAAGCAGAAACCCAACAGCAAAGCGACUGCAACAAUAGUUGCAAAAUACACCAAAGCAACAAACAACAAUAGAAUGGACGUGGGCGCACAAGAAACCACAUACGAACCACUCGAGGGGCGCAGCAGUCGUGGCUCGGCCACUGGCGGGAGGCAUCCAACGAGCAUCGAUAGUCCCGAGUAUGAUACACGCGCCCCCAAGGACCAGCGGCAUGCCGUCUAUCUGGCCCUGCUUGCGGCGGGCAUAGGAUUUGUUUUGCCAUACAAUAGUUUCAUAAUCGCUGCGGAUUAUUGGCAGGGCCGCUUUCCGGGGCGUCCGGUGGCUCUGGACAUGUCCAUGACGUACAUCUUUGUGGCCUUCGUCACGGUCUUGUUUAACAACAUUGUACUCUCGUUGGCACCAUUCCAGACGCGCGUGCUCUUCGGCUACAUGGUGUCCUUUACCACAUUGAUCUUCGUGGCCGUCUGCGAGGUGGCCUGGCACAUGUUUGCCACGAAUACGGCGUACGUCGUGAACAUGUCUGCUGUGGCACUGACAGCCAUUGGCUGCACUGUGCAGCAGUCUAGCUUUUAUGGAUUUGCCUCCAUGCUGCCCAAGCAGUACACUCAGGCUGUGAUGGCUGGCGAGAGCGUUGCCGGAUUUCUGGUGUCUUCCAAUCGCGUGGUUACCAAGUUGCUCAUCAACAAUGAUCGCGUCUCGACGGUCAUCUUCUUUCUGACCUCCACGCUGUACAUUCUCUUCAGUUACCUGCUGCACCUGGCCACCAUCAAUUCGCCAUUUGUGCGCUUUCACGUGGAGGCGUGCUCCAAGAUUGUUUUGCGACCGGACGAGCAAGAGAUCGAUGGCGCCACCACCAGCACCAAGUACGGCGUACUCUCCAUGGAUGGCACCACGACAACCACAUCAGCUGGACCCCAUCAUUCCAAUGCGAACACGGCUAAUACGUUGAGCUUCAGUAAUCCUGUUUACGAGCUGUCGAAUCCCACGGCUGGCGAGAGCAUCAUUGAGGGCUUGGGUCAGAUGCCCGAGCUGCCAGCCACACCCCAUGAGCCGGCUACACCCACAACGGUCGCCUUCAAGGUGGAGCACGUGAUAACGCCACGCCGCUGUCGACCCAGCAAGUUGGGCGACAUACGUGAAGGAUUCGUAACUCGCUGGCGCGUGGCCCAGGUCAUCUAUCCGUACAUGGUGUGCAUUGCCUUGGCCUACUGUGUCACGCUCUCCCUCUACCCCGGCAUCGAGGUGGAGGUCAAUUCGUGCUCCCUGCGCAGCUGGAUGCCUGUGCUGCUGAUGUUCUGCUUCAACACUUCGGAUGUCAUCGGCAAGAUACUGGCAGCCAGUCCAUAUCCCUGGUCGCGUCGUCAACUGAUCUUGUUGUCCGGACUGCGCAUUGUGCUCGUGCCGAUGUUUCUGCUUUGCUGCGCUCCACGCCAUCGCCCGAUCAUCUCUGGAGAGACGGCGCCCUUUCUGUUCACCAUUGCGCUGGGCAUCAGCAAUGGACUGGCAGGCAGCUUGCCGAUGAUGCUGGCUCCGGCCAAGGUGCCGGGCACCCUCAAAGAGGUCACCGGCAACAUAAUGACUCUUUCUUAUAAUAUUGGACUCACAGCAGGCUCGCUGAUUGGCUACUUGUUCGAGAACAUGUUGGGCCCACAGCUGGAGAAUCCCUGUCCCAUGUAUCCAUAUACGCCGCCCGCCGUAAUGCUGGAUCACUACCACGGCCAUCUGCCUCCGCUGCUGCCCACCACCCCCUCGACAUUGACAACGAACACGACGCUUGCCCCACUCUUGCUCAACACCACAAUGGCCAGCAUUAGCAGCACAGAGACCAGCUCCACCAGCGCUGUGUCCGUGCCCGCCCUGGCCACAGUGAUUACCACCACGGCUCUGGCCCUCUACAGCACCGUAGCCAGCACCAGCACCGAGCUGAUCAAUGCAACGGUUACCACGAUGCUCUCGGCGGUCUCCUCGUCGGUGGGGGAUAUGAGUGGCGAGCUCGGAGGCAGCACAACAGAUCCACAAACGCCCGAGGCACUCCUGCAGGAGAUCUAAGCUAGACCCCAGUGAAAAAAUUUGUUUGUGCAGACUUAAAAGUAUCUAGAAGAUAUAUUUUAAAUAGCCCCUUGGAUCUCAGACGAUCUUUAAACGAUA